GACAUGGACAUCGAAGCACGACGACAUUCAAGUUGUAACUUCUCUCUAGAUCCCCAUAGUGUCAGUCAUUACUCGUGACAAACAGCCACGAAACACCACACACAAUGCGACCGACUGCGACCAGGAUAGCGGGCCGCGUCUGCACCCGCUGCCACAGCGCACCGCGCGCCUCCAUCCUCCCAGCCGUGACAGCAGCAACCUCGAGAGCCUGCUCACCACGUCCAGCCCUCACAGGCGCCGCCUUCGCCUUUGCCUUCUCCACGACACCUCACAGCCUCUCGUCCGAAGCGCCGCAGCGAUCACAGUCUCCGUCAGCCCAGCAACAACCCACACACUACUCUCUCUUCCCGCAGACGCUCCCCGACGGCCCACCGCCCGCAGGCCGCUUCCCCAUCCCCCUUCGCACGCUCCGCAAGGAAUUCCUCUCGCUCCAGGCCAAGCACCACCCAGACCUGCACCCGCCCGCGACGCGGCCCCAGGCCGAGCAGAUCUCCUCCGUCAUCAACGAGGCCUACCGCACCCUCGCCAACCCCCUCUACCGCGCGCAGUACCUCCUCGGUCUGCGGGGCGUCGACGUCGCCAACGACGAGACGCUCAAGACGGAGAAUCAGGAGCUGCUGAUGGAGGUCCUCGAGGCGCGCGAGAGCAUCGAGGAGGCCGAGGCUGAGGACGACCUUGUCGAUCUACGCACCGAGAACGAGGAGCGCAUCAGGAACAGCGAGGAGGAACUGGACAGGGCGUUUGGGAGCGAUGACAUUCAAGCCGCCAAGGAGGAAGCCGUGCGAUUGCGAUACUGGGUCAACAUACAGGACAGCCUUGACAACUGGGAGCAAGGCAAGCCCGUCGUACUUGAGCACUAGGUUAGAUAUAUAGAAGAUGGCUGCUGCUGUCUCUAGAUGUAGAACACAAAUGUAGAACACACACACACGCACACACAAAUGUACCCA